AGUUGUUUCUUUAGUGUUGAAAAACAGCAUAGUAAUAGUUGAAUGAAAAUUCUACAUUUUGUUGUUGUCACCUUUAUGACUUUAUGAAUGUAAAUGUGCUUUGUUGUUGAAAAUGGGAAGGACACCAUGUUGUGAGAAGAAAGGUUUGAAGAAAGGACCUUGGACUACUGAAGAGGAUGAAAUUCUUGCUAACUAUAUCAACAAGAAUGGUGGUCAUGGAAGCUGGCAUGAACUCCCCAAGAUCACAGGUCUUCUUCGUUGUGGUAAGAGUUGCAGGCUUAGAUGGACUAACUAUCUUAGACCUGACAUUAAACGUGGACCCUUUACUCCUGAGGAAGAAAAACUAGUCAUACAACUUCAUGCCAUCCUAGGAAAUAGGUGGGCUGCAAUUGCAUCUCAAUUACCAGGAAGAACAGACAACGAGAUAAAGAACUUCUGGAACACACAUUUGAAGAAACGUCUGGAAAGCAUGGGAAUCGAUCCAAAAACACACGAGCCAGUAGCUUCAUCAACAAGUUACCCCAAUCACAAUUCACAUUCAUCAGUUUCCACACGUCACAUGGCUCAAUGGGAAAGUGCAAGGCUUGAAGCAGAAGCAAGACUCUCAAUAGACACAUCAAACUUCAACAACAACAACAACAAGAGCAAGAAUCCUAAUUCCAUUUCCGAAACCGAUUCUUCCGACUACUUUCUCCGAAUAUGGAACUCUGCAGUUGGAGAUGCAUUUCGCGAUAUUCGCAAACAUGAUACUGAUAAUAAUAAAUACAAAACUAGUUGCUGUCAGAGUCCUAGUUCUGCAGUUACAGCAGAAUUAGCUUCUAAUAACCAAUUAAGCAAUGGUGUGAAAGAAGAGUUUGAGUGGAGAAAUUAUAAGUUUUGUGUUGAAGAUAUGAUUCAUGGAUCUGAUUCAUCAAGCUCUAAUGACUUAGAAGAUUCACCAGACACUGCUUUGCAGCUCUUGUUGGAUUUUCCUAUGAACAAUGACAUGAGUUUCUUAGAAAACUCUUUUGAUUGUCCCCUAUAGGUAUGUGUAAUUGUUAAAAAAAUAAAACAAAUAGAAUUGGUGACUAAAGUUAGUCGGAAAAAGAAUUCUAAUUAAUUUUAUUGUCACUAAAUUCAGAGACUAAUUAGGGACAUAUUUUAUAUUUUUGCUCACUAAGUUUAUGUUGCUAAUAUUUUAUCUGCUAGUUGUGUGUGUCUGUUAUUUGUAGUAUCAAGUAGCUUUCUAUUUGGUCUUUUGUAGUAUUCUUUCUAUUCAUGCAAUUCAAGAGUUGUGAGAAUUAGAUGCCA